GCGAAAUUGAUGAUGGAACGUCAGAGACACGCCCCUAGCUUCUCCUACCAUGUGGUUGAUAUAAACACAGUUCACUUUCGUGACAAGCUUUUUGGCUUCAACAUUUGUAACAUUUUCUUAACUGUGCGCUCAUUAACAGCUGUCAGCAUGUCUGUGUCGGUCGACGUGAAUUUUCAAACCCAGAUUGUGUCUGUUUUGGAUUCACUUACAAAAGUGGCCGUCGUGGAAAUAACGAAACUGUUCGAGUGUCACUUCCCAGCUACAGGAACCACCGUUCUCAUUGAAGGGCGGACAGAGCAAAAUGAAAUCCUGCAAACGGUGGACUCUGUCAAAAAGUCAGGCAAGAAAUGUUUUCGCAGUAUCGGAGUUCAAGUGGAUGAGGAGUUACCUGCCCCAAAACAGUGCUCCUUCUCAAAGCUGAGCAGUGGUUCUUUGAAAAGGAGCAGUGAGGAGGAGGGUCCUGCACUUCAUAUCACCCUGCUGGAGGCUAAUCAGCCUGCUGACCUAAAGUGCUAUGUUCUAGAAGACAAGGAUGUGGAGAUGGUGAAGGGGAGCAGUCUGGAACCAGAAUCCCCAACAACCACUGAGCCAGAAGGAGAACAAGUUAUCUAUUCCACCCCUGUGUAUCCAAACCACCUCUCUGGUACUGUUCAAAGCUCCCAAAUUAAGCAGAAACUCCAGACCCUCAAGACAGAAUCAGAGAACGGAAUGAACACAGAAAGGGUGACUAAAGUCAUCUGCCAAAUGGUCCCAAAGGCAGAAGAGCAGUAUUCAACACCACAGCCUAAUUGUAAAGAAAAGCCUACCCAGGUGGAGCCCCAGCAGGCCAGUGUCAGCACCGCAAAGGAGACCGCCUAUAGCUCGUCUUCCUCAGAUGGGGCUUUGGCUCCUGAACAGGCUAAGAGAAAGUUGACAUCUAUGGGUGCAUUGGACCAGAUGAUGAUGAGGAAGAAGGUGGAUUUCAAGCUGGACCAUAUGAUGAAGAAGAAGGUGGAUUUCAAGCUGGACCAGACCUCCCUGGAGCACAAAUUGACGAGGGCCUGCUCGGUGCUGCUGGUGAACCUGCUUUUGGUGCCUGGAGACAAGAACUCUGAAGGGAAGAAGGCUAAUGGGAGCAACUGUCACAACAGCAAGAGGUUCCCCAUGCCCAAGGACCUCAAAACCCACCAGGGCCUCCACACAGGCCGGCGCCUGUGCUGCUUCACUCAGUGUGGGAACGGGGUCUGGCGGCUUCAAAGCGUCCUCUCUCCGGUCUGCUCUUACGGCUGCAAGAUCUGCGGGAAGAGGUUCAAACGCAGGAAGAUCUUGAGGAGGCACGAGCGCUUCCACAACGGGGAGAAGCCCUAUUCAUGCUACCAGUGCUCAAAGAUGUUCGCCCUGCGGAAAAGCCUCCGCAGGCAUGAGAGGUUCCACACGGGGGACAAGCCUCACAGCUGCCUCCAGUGUGGGAAAAGCUUCCGGCUUAGGGACAAUCUGAAGGCUCACCUGCGCUUUCACACAGGUGAGAGACCUUUCACCUGCUCCUUCUGCUCCAAGAGCUUCAGAAUCCUCAGGAACCUUGAGGAACACAGCGUUGAUCACUUGGGAGUGACAGCGAAGUAGCUCACUUUCCGACAGAGAGCUGUGCCUAAGCAUUAGCACCUAGCAGCCUUUAUCGGCUGGUUGUGUAAGCCGCAUUACAAAGCUUAUCUACCUCUAACUGAAACUACUAAAUGUCCAUUCCUCAUUUAUAACCUAUCGUUCAGCAUUUGUUGUUUUUGAAAGAUACUAUGAUUGUAAAUAACCAUUAUGACGGAAGAUGGGGACAGUGGAAAGAUCUGAAAUGAGGCAGUCAACCAUCCUGCGUAGGUUUGGAUUGUCCAGAAUGAUCAUCUGAGUAAAGCUUUAGUGGACACUGAUGUUAUUAAUAGCCAUAAUGUUUUUCCAGACAUCGAUUAUGCCUAGUCCUAAACCAAAAAGUUAUUUAAAUGGAGAUUUUCUAUUGAGCAUGCUGGACUAGGCUUAAUCUGGGUCUGGAAACUGGCCCUAGGUCUUUACACUGUAUUUCGUUGGCCAAAACACAAGGGACAUGGAACUGUUGCAUGUCUCUUUGAAGAAUACAUAGUGUUGUACAUUGGCCAGGGCUGAGAUUAGUUUGAGGUCUUUCUCAGACAGCAAUCUGUUUUCAUGAUACAUCUUUUCACUUUGUAGUAAAUACAAACAGAUUGUUCCUUUGUGUAUUUUGGUUUGUAAGUAGUUGUAAAGGUAGGCUUAAAUUUGCAUGUUUGUUUUAUACUUUUAUCUUGAACCAGUAUGCCAAAUACUAUAGUAAUGCAGCAACUGUCUCUUCUCUUUGUUCAUAGUGCUGUUUUUGUCAGGAAAACACCCUCCUUACUUUUUCCUGUGUUGACGUCAGGGAAGUUUAUCUAAAGACACAUGACUUAGUUUAAAAUAAAAAUAAUGGGAAGUAUGAUGCAGCCUUUAAUUUUGCAAAUAUACAUUUGAAUGUUAUCUGUAGAGAGAAGUUAUUUCAUAUAUCAUUUUUGAUUGAAGCUGAUUUCUCUGGCUUGUGAUUUGCUGCAGAUGUUACAAAUAUGACUACAUGGCUUUUAUUUUUAAUACAAAAUUGUUUUAACCCUUAACACUUAUCUGUGUUCCAAUUAAAAAUAUAUUAUUUUGGCCAAGAACCUGAUGGUCACUCUGACAGCUUGUCCUUGUGUGGUAUUGUGUGU